CUUGUCCUUGUCCUACUUUUUCCUCUAGUUUCUAGUUUAUGUUAUGAAAAUGCCACGCGAAUUUCUUGUUCCUAUUUGAAAAUAUGUUUCACUAGCUUCUGUUUUUCUGUCUUUUUUUUUUAAAUUAAUGGCUGCGCCAGCGAUAUUCACAGAACAACAGGGAUUUGAUGGACCUGUAUUAACUUUCUAUCAAAGCAGAAACAAACUUUCCACAGAAGGGUAUAAGAAGAACUUUUCGAACAGAUUUGUUGGAUUCUUCAAAGAAGUUUUACUUCCCUAUGGCUACCCGGAAUCAGUCAGUAAAGACUAUUCGACGUAUCAAAUAUGGGACACUCUCCAAGCUUUUUGCAGUACUAUUAUUGGAUCUUUUAAAACUCGAGCAGUGCUAACAAGCGUAGGAGUUGGCAAUAGCGAAGCUAAUGCUAUUUCAGCUGCUACAACAUGGAUUUUGAAAGAUGGUACUGGAAUGGUUGGAAGAAUUUUGUUUGCAUGGUGGAAAGGGAGCGGCUUGGACUCCGACUGUAAGAAGUGGAGAUAUUUUGCAGAUAUUCUUAAUGAUGCUGCUAUGUUGAUGGAGUUAUGUUUAUGCUAUUAUAGUUCUUGGUCGAUGGAGGUUCUUUGCUUAAGUGCAACAAUGUAUUCAAUUGUUGGUAUUGCUGGCGGAGCUACUAGAGCUUCUAUAACUCACCACCAAGCAAUAAGAGAUAAUAUGGCUGAGGUAUCAGCAAAAGAUGGCAGUCAGGAAACCAUUGUCAAUUUGAUUGGAAGUUUAGGAAGUAUUUUUUUGUUGAAUAUCAUUUCAUCCACCAGUAUGGAAUGGGUGCUCGUUUUGGUUUUAAUGAUAUUACAUUUGUAUACCAACUAUAUGGCAGUGAGGGGUUUGGUAUUUGACACUUUGAAUGAAGAAAGAAUGGCCCUGACGAUUAGAAGAUAUUUCACUACAGGAACUGUUGGAUCCCCAUCUACAGUUAAUGCUCAGGAGUCACUUUUAAUUGGAUGCGGAUUGAAUAUCAAAGACAUAUGUGGCUUCAAAAUAGUCAUGGGUCAGUCGACGAAAAAAUUCAUGGAAUACUGCAGUAUCGAUAAGGCUCUACUCCUUCAAAAAACAUAUGAAAAUGAUUCCUACAUUUUGUUUGUGAGCCCUAAAGAAAAAAAAAUAUAUGUCGGACUAGAAAGUUCGGAAAGUGUAAGUGAGAGGCCACUUAUCUUACUUUCUGCGUAUUUUCAUGCUGUCUGUUUGGGUAUCGCUUCAAGUAUUUUAAAUUCAGAGAAACUGACAAUCUAUCGCAAUAGACAGUUACAUCUUAAAACCCCGAUAACAAGACUGAAGUCUUUUAUUGACAAUUUUAUAAGGCUUGAAGAAACUUCAGCUGACCAUAUUUUACGUUUGCUAAGUUCUUGGGUGAGACGGGAAGAAAAUAUGUAUUUUACAGCAUUGACUACCAGUGAUUGGAAUGUCGACUCCCACAACCUCAACGUUGGUGAGUACAGGAUGAAUUGGAAAAAAGGUGAUAAAAAUAAUUAAAAUUUUGUUUUAUUUUGUCAAAUUUGUUGGGAUAAGUAUGUAUAUAAAAUAAAAAUGGCAUUCCAAAACUUGAUCAACAAUAUGUAUUUUUAAUUACUUUCAAAUAUUCCAUCACAUUUUGGUUCUAGGGAAAAAAAUUCUUCUAAUAAUAAUAAAUAAAUAAAUAAAAUAGACCCUGUAUUCUAAUCAUUACCUGCCUGCAGGUAAACGACUAGCUAACUAUAACAUAAAGUCAAAUUUGACUACUGCUAUAUCAUUAGAAAAUUUUUUGUUCAGUGAAUAAACAAUAGUUUUGCAUAAAUAUUAGGAUUUAUAUCACUUCAAGUGCAUAAAAAACAUGUUUGUCAAUAAUUUUAUUUUUAUUUUUGUCACAAAUUAAAACAAAAGAUACAAGUUAUUGUUUUGAAAAAUUUAAGAGUUUUUCAUCAUUAACACAGGGCUUUGCUAUGAGCAAUAAAUCUUCAACAAAGAAAGUGACUUAAAUUGUUGGCAUUACAAAAAAUUGAUUGAUGUAAUAAAAAUACUUAAAUUUGUCUUUGUAAUUUCAAUAAAUAUUGCCAUUUGAAUAUAGAGGGUGGGCUUAAAAAAACCAGAAUUUUGUUUUUGAGCAGUAACUUUUUUUAUUGUUGGGCAAUUUCCUUUUGUUUAGUUUGUUUAAAAGAGAAAUAAACAGGCUAACCAUUCAAAGUGAAAUUUUUGACAUUUGAGAAAAAUUCAAAAUGGCGGACUUCUUCAUAAAUUACCUAGUUUUGGAUAGCGCUGGAACUUUUUUGUGACCCCCUGUAUAACUUUUUCUAAUAAUUUCUUGAAGUUCGUCACUUGGCGAACAUUUUAAGACCUUGACAGGGGUUGAAAACUAAGUGAAAUAUUGAAAUUCUCGUAAUAUCGAAUAUCAAUUUUUCAUAUCCAAAACUAGGUAAUUUUUGAAGAAGUCCGCCAUUUUGAAUUUUCCCAAAUUUUGAGAGUUUCACUUUGAUUCAUUAGCCUGUUAAGUUCUCUUUAAACAAGCCAAAACAAGAGGAAAUUGCUCAACAACAAAAAGUUACAGCUCAAUUUUUUAAGCCCACCCUAUAUAUGUAAUCAAUAAAAACAGGAGAUUCAGCACUUGAUAUUAGUACCAAAAUAGUUGCCAAUAUUUUUGUUUGGCGUAAUAAAUUAAAAAUAUUUUUGAAAGUCGGCCAAAACACUGAACAAAGUUUUAAAAUUGUUUUUGAGUCAUUACCAAAAAUAAAAUGAAAAUUAGGCGACAUCUAUCAGAAUAUUGAAGUUUUUUUUAUGUUGUACUUACACGUUUCGUAAACUUUGGCAGGAAAUAUUACAUUAUUCACAUUCUCUGCACGUGCCGACAGUUAUUAAUCCUAAUCUACUAACUGAGAUUUUGAACAGAUGUUUUUUACCCAUAAUAGUUGGAAUAAGCUCCAAUUCAAAUCCUAAUUAGUUUAUGCACACAAAUAUAAAUUACCAACAACAAUUAAAAAAAAUUACCUACUUAAUAACAUACAAAUAAAUAAAUGAAACCUAGUAGUUUAGUUAUUUUUAAGAUGAACUACCGAGUAAUUGUUCGCUGAUCUUCAUAUGGUGUGCUCUUUUUAGCGACAUUUCCUGCAUGUAAGCCAAGAAACAGCACCACACAAGACUGCAAGCGCUCACAAAAGGCACUCUAUUGUGCUCUGGGAUGUAGUGGAAGUUGAUGGUUUGAAGAAUUGGCCAAAAACACAC